AUGUCAGCGAGACGCGUCAAGUCACCAUUGUAUGGCAGCCGCGAGCAAGCUUCUCCCGAAGUGUGCAGGGAGCAUUACCUGUUCCUGUUGGAGCUGUUCGUGAGACAGGUGUCGGGCGACCGCCUGGCCAAAUUGAAUCAGAUGUUCUGCGUGCCUACGAGCGUUCAUUUUGGAUUUCUCGACUUUGUGGACGAGAAUGAUCUGACCGUGACUCCGGUGAACCUUUUCUUUCAACCGCAGGCGGGUAUCGCUAAUGACGUCGAGAUCUUCAACGCUGGAAAAUCGGUGCUGUUCGCCGUCGACCACGAGACGGUUACAGAUCGCUCCGUAAAAAUGAUUUUGAAGCUCACCGUGAGGAAGCAGAUGCCGGACGGUAUCAAACCGGACAUCUUGAUGGGUGUCGGCGAGCUAGAUUUGUCCGGUCAAUACGCAGCUUUGAGAUUAGAGAUGCUACAGUACUGGAAAAAGGGUGUCGCUACGUCCAAGGUCUUCGAUGGCCAAAUACCGUUGAUUCACAAUCAGAACUUAUCGGGCUAUCUGGACAUUUUCGUGAGAAUGUCUGGUUUCGGGCAGACAAUCGUCACGGAAUUCGACGCGCCGAUCGACCAGGAUCCCUCAACCUUCAUCUUCGGUUCAGGAGAGCUCGAUCAAGCUUUAUCGUACAAAUGUCGCAAGAUGGAUUCUCGCACGGUUGAUCUCUUUGAAGAUUCUAGCGAGGAACUUCGAACUUGUCCCGUUUGCGAACCGGAAAGGUAUCCUUGUGUGCCGUGUGGAAAAUUAGCAGCUGUCGAGGAAAGGGACAAAGGAGAUGAUGGAAUAGCAGGAAGAAAGGAUAUGUCGCCAAAAAAUCUCGUCCGAGCCACUGGUGGCCUGACUCAACCUUGCGGCAAGCCAGUGGUUCUCAAGGUAUCCGGUCUCUUUGACAAUGGUGACAUCGGUGGAAAGAAACCUACCGUGACAGUUGCUGGGGAAUCCACCGCGGCGAAAGGCGAAUCGUCCGAUCCUGAUCAUGAUAUUUUUGUCCUAAGGAUCGGCAAGAAAGGCCUCGUCGGCAUCGGCGAGAAGUCUGAUAUACAGUUGGAGAUGAAAACCCCGAAAGGAUUGGAAAGAAGGCCACCGAUCAGAUACGAGACUAGAGAUAUGCAAACGGAGAAAUACGAGGAGGAGGCCCCAAAGGAAAGAAAAAAAAUUAAAAAAAGAAAAAGAAGAAAAAUUAAUUGAAUGCGCCUCGAGAUCGAGAGGGACUCGAAUUCUAAAUAUAUUCUAGAUAAAUUCUGAAUUUAUUCGAAAGGAUUUAUUUC